AUGGGGAAGAUACUGUUGACAGGUGGAACCGGAUUCGUGGCAGCCCAUAUCCUGAAUGAGCUGUUGGCCAAUAGACACAAUGUCGUGACAACGGUGAGAUCCAGAGCCAAAGGUGAGACGGUCCUAGGUCUUCAUUCUGGCACAAGUCGGACCGAACUCUCGUACGAGAUUGUGGAGGACAUUGCAGCAACUGGCGCCUUUGACGAUAUCUUCAAGAGACAUCCGAACUUUGAUGCCAUCAUCCAUGCGGCUUCACCAUUCCACGAUAACUUUCACGACCCAAUGGAACUCCUAGAUCCUGCAAUUAAGGGUACUACUGGCAUCCUGAAAGCUGCCAAAAGCUAUGCUCCGAGUAUAAAGCGGGUUGUUUUGACCUCAUCAUUUGCAGCAAUGGUCAAUGAGGCUCAGGCGCCUGAAGUCUACGAUGAGUCAUGUUGGAAUCCCGUCACUUGGGAAACGUCACUUACGAUUCGCAAUCAGGCGUAUCGCGGUAGCAAGGCAAAGAAAGCUGCUUGGGAUUUCGUCCAAGAGCAAAAGCCAGGCUUUGACCUCGUUACAAUAUGUCCGCCCGUAGUGUAUGGACCCAUUGCACACAACGUGGGCAGCGUCAAUGCACUCAACACGUCCAACCAGAGGGUUCUCGACUUCAUCCAGGGCAAGCAUCGAGAAGGCGACUUUCCUCCCACGGGCACUUUAAUGUGGGUUGACGUUCGUGACUUGGCUGCAGCCCAUGUCCGCGCUCUUGAAGUAGGCGGAGCCGGUGGUCAGCGCUUCUUCUCCCCAGCCAGCCACUAUUCCAACAAAAUGCUUGUUGAUGCUAUCAGAGACACGCAUCCGGGGCUGGCAGAUAAGCUGCCCACGGAUACAGUCGACGAACUCAUUGAUAGAAAGCACAUGUUCAACUUCGACAACUCAAAGAUUAAGGAGGUGCUGGGUAUACAGUUUCGGCAAUUCAAAGAGAGCAUCGGCGCAACUGUGUCCUCGCUGCAAGAAUUGCGACCUGCGAGCACGAAGUCUGAGCUGUAG